GUCAGCGCGCGAGUCCGAGUAAUAUUCCCCCACAACCUCUGCCACAACGGAAAACAACGGCCUCGCUUUGCUCCUCCAAAAUCGAAGAGAAAAUUUCCAACACCCCACCCUCCCCCAUCGCCUCCUCCUCCCGUCUCGGCCGGGGCGGACAUAAAUACGAGCCGCUCGACGGGGAACCGCCGCGCCGCGUCCACCACCCACCACAAGCUCGCCGCCGGCGUCGCGGACGGCGGCUCAUCCCGGUCCGGCGUGCGAUCCGGCUGACUGGCCGGAGACCUAGGAGCUUCGACCCCCCCCCCCCCCCCGCGAUCUGGGCGGCCCAUGGUGGGGUCGGUACCGCAGGGCGGCAGCCGCGGCAGCGAGAUCUAGGGUUUUCGGCGCCUCGGGGGUGGGGAGGGAGCGAUGGGGCGUCGGAAGGUCGCCGCGGCGGCGGCUGCGACGCCGCCGCGUGGCUCGUCGAAGGCCGGGGGCGGCGUCAUAUCCGAAAUCCGUGAGAAACACAAAUUGGAACUGGAGAAUUUGACACUAACAAAGCAUCCAUUCAGGACAUUACGUUUUUUCAUGUUAGCUAUGUUGCAAUACUUGAAAAGAUUAGCAACAUAUAUCCUGAGUAAGGGUGCUUUGUUUGUUGUCCUCAUUGUGUUGGUGCUAGCUCCUGGAAUUUUACUUGCGGUUACAGAUGGUCUGCAUAAAAAGCAUGUGCAGGAGUUCCUGAAUUAUGCUAGAUUUGUGUUGUGGUGGGUUUCACUAGGCGUGGCUUCGUCAAUUGGACUAGGUUCAGGUUUGCAUACAUUUGUUCUGUAUCUGGGCCCUCAUAUUGCCCUCUUCACUAUUAAGGCUGUUCAAUGUGGUCGGAUUGAUUUGAAAACUGCUCCAUACGAUACCAUACAGCUUAAGCAAGGGCCAUCAUGGCUGGACAAGAAGUGUUCAGAUUUUGGACCACCAGUGUACCAAGCAUCGGCUCAUUCUGUCCGGAUCCCAGUCUUUGAAUUACUCCCUCAGGUUCAGCUGGAAGCUGUUCUUUGGGGCAUUGGCACAGCGCUUGGGGAGCUCCCUCCUUAUUUUAUAUCACGAGCUGCUCGUUUGUCAGGAAGUGAACCAGAAGCUGUGAAGGAGCUGGAUGCUGCUGCUUCGGAUGAACAUGGUCCAAUAGCAUCCACUCUCAAUCGAACAAAACGCUGGCUCCUUUCCCACUCUCAGCAUCUCAACUUCAUUACUAUCUUGAUUCUUGCUUCGGUUCCAAACCCACUGUUUGACCUUGCUGGUAUAAUGUGUGGGCAAUUUGGCAUUCCCUUCUGGGAGUUCUUCUUUGCUACUUUGAUUGGGAAGGCCAUCAUCAAGACCCAUAUUCAGACAUUAUUUAUUAUCUCCUUGUGCAACAAUCAACUCUUGUAUCUUAUGGAAAAGGAAUUAAUCUGGAUAUUUGGUCACAUUCCUGGGUUUUCUGCCUCCUUGCCAUCUGUGAUUGCAAAGCUCCACAGUGCGAAGGAUAAGUAUUUAUCAACACCAACAUCGGCCACAUCAUCCUCAAAAAUGGAGGAUACACAGUGGAAUUUCUCUUUUACAUUGGUCUGGAACACUGUGGUGUGGCUUGUGCUUGUGAACUUCUUCAUUAAGAUCGUCACAUCAACAGCUCAAGAAUAUCUCAAAAAACAGCAGGAUAUAGAGAUGGAGCUUAUUACUGAUUCCUCGCCCCAGAGUCAGUCUAAAACUAACUAAAUAUUGCAACUUGUGGUGUUUAUUCAGCUGCAAGUUGCAAAUAUUCUCCUCAUGAGAUUAUACUCCUGGCCAAAGCCCUUGCAGAUGAUAUCAAGUACCGGUACUAAGUUGGUAUUUGUAGUUAUUCAUCUGUUCAGUGAGCAAAUAUACGGGCUUCAUUAACUUGCCCAAGUGAUGGCUGCAACCUUUUGCCAUUGAGCCCUGGAUUGGCUGUUCCUCGAGGAGAACAAGUUAGGCUGCUAUUCUUUAGACGUCAACACGGAUGAACCUUUUAGGAAUUGUUUAUGAAGAACGGUUGCAUUAGUGAGGUGUAUCACUGGUGCCUUUUUCUUUCUGUUUUGGAAAUACUUUAGAAAGCUUGAGAGGAUUCGACAGCUAUACUUUCAUUGUUCAAUUCACUGUAAAAUGCAGAUUUGCAACUGGUGCCGGCUAGAAUAUAAUGGAAUAGUAGACUAUUUCGGCUACGCAUACUCUGCGAAUGAAACUUUUGAGUUUUGAUA